UUACUUCAUAAUUGAUAAAGUGUAACUUCAUAAUUUUGAGCUAAUAAAACUGAGGACUUUAAAUAUUUCAAUAAAGAAAUAUCUAGAAAAAUGAGUUCAAGAUGCCCGGACUUACCAUUUUUACCUGGAUAUACAUUCAAUCCAAAUAUUGGAAGAACAAAAUUCAAUAUGGAUCCAAAAUUUGAUUUCAUAGGGAAAGGAAAUAUGGCAUUGGUGGAUAAGGUCAAACCCAAUAUGUUUGGUCCUUUGUCUGAUAAAUAUCCAUCAAUUUAUCCUCGAGGAGAAUCUAUAGAAAUACCUGGAUGGAUAGCAUUUGAUAAACAGAUUCUAUGUUUCGACGGUUUUUUUCAAGAAACUCUCCAAGAACUGAGAGGAUCUCCGUUUCAGAUCAGGAAGGUGAAGAUCUAUUUUUUUCUAGAGGAUGGAACAAUCCAAGUAGUUGAACCAAGAGUCGAAAAUAGUGGGGUAGCACAAGGUACUCUUAUAUCUCGGCAAAGGAUUCGUUUUCCACCACCAAUGGACGAUAACUUUUACGAUUUCACUGAUUUCAAUAUCGGCAGAGAAGUCGAACUUUACGGACGAGUCUUCAAAAUUACGAACUGCGAUAAAUUCACUCGCACUUUCAUGAAUCGAUGUGGCAUUGCUAUUGGGGAUGCCAUAGUUGCUCCUCCAGAUCCUUACAUGGAGAUAAGAUCACAUCAAAUGGAUGCUAUGCAACCGAAAAAACCGAAUAGAACAGCUGAUACUUUGGGAAAAUUUCUACAGAAUGACAAGAAGGUCCUCCACUUCAAAGGAUACUGGGAUGAUAAAGACACUGAAUAUGGUUACGUACAUCAUCUAGGGAUCCGUUACUAUCUAGCAGACGACACUAUCGAAAUCAAAGAACUUCAAGUACAGUCAAGUGACGAACCCGGUUUCAUUUUUCUUAGACGGGGAAAACUUCCUCAAGUUUACAAAGAGCUUCCUUCACCAGGCGACGACUCCCAUAACACAGUAUUGAAUGUACUAGGGUCGGCUUUAUCUAGUAGAAGGUACCUAAUCGACCCCUUGGAUUGUGGAAGACACAAGGUUUGCUAUUAUACAGAGAAAGAUUUGAGUAUCGGUGCUAUUUUGAACUGCUAUGGUAGAAAAAUAGUUUUGACCGAUUGCGAUUCCUUCACAAGAGGUUAUUAUGCUGAAAAGUACGGUAUCAGUGAAUUCACACCGUUGGAGAUUCCUGAUAUUAUUAAAAAAGCUGAAGAUAUUCCUCCUCCGAAACAUAGAGAGUUGCCUCCUUGGAACGGGUUUGGCACUCAUGAAGAUUCAGCGCAGAAUUGUAUUACCGUGGAACCGAAAGCGCCGCAUAAGGAUUUCAAGAAAUUUCUGGCUUAUGACAG